AUGCAGCCCCAGCGACGCCUGCGUGAGUCCCUCACGCCCCAGCAGCUGCGUGAGUGGUACGCUGGUUGGGGCUGUAGGGGUGGCGACGCUACUCCUACUUCCACUCCUGCUGCUUCUACUCGUGGUGGCGGCCAGAUGCAGCUCCCGCGACCCUCUCGCGUGUCUCUCACGCCUCGCCAGCUUCGUGAGUGGUACGCUCAGAGUGGAGGGUCUCUCAGUGCUGUUCGCUGCUCUUACGUGAUUCGCACUGGUACUCGGACUGGUAUAGGACCUGCUGCUCUAGCUACUGGUGAGGCUGCUGCUCUGGGUGCUAGUGAGUCUCCUGCUCCAGGUACAGGUGCGGCUGCUGCUCUAGGUGCUAGUGAGUCUGCUUCCUUAGGUGCGGGUGAGGCUGCGCUCUCAGGUACCGCGUUGGCUUCGGCCUCCCUCACCUUUACACUUGACUCUGGGGCUUCUCGCUCCUUCUUUCGGGACCGCACCACACUCACGCCGCUUGGUCGGCCGGUUGCUGUCUCCCUGGCUGACCCCUCUGGGGGUCCUGUCCUCGCUCACUUCUCCACUGUCCUCCCGUGUCCGGCUGCCCCCUCGGGCACCCUGUCUGGCCUGUACCUCCCCUCGUUCUCGACGAACUUGGUGAGUGGUGCAGACCUACAUGAUGCGGGGGUUCACCAGUUCACUCCUGCGAGUCAGCGGGUGACCCACUGCACGGACGCACGCACAGGCCGGCACCUGGCCACAUUCUCGCGUCGGCCGGGGUCGAGCCUCUACACCCUGACCACUGAGUCUCCUCCUGUCCCCGCGUCCGGUCAGGUAGCAGCGUCGGGUCAGGUGUUUGCUGCUGCGUCCAGGUCUGGUCCUGAGUCUGCCCCCUGUUCGUGUCGCCUCCUGUCUCACGAGACUCUUCUGUGGCACCACCGUCUAGGCCACCCCUCCUUGCCCCGUCUUCGGGGCAUGGCUUCCCGUGUCCUUGUCUCUGGUCUUCCCCAGUCUCUCCCUCCCCUUCCUUCGGGACCAGGACCUUCCUGUGUCCCCUGUGUCGAGGGGCGCCUCAGGGCUGCUCCUCACUCCUCCCAGUUUCCCCCGCCAGAGGCUCCUCUGCAGACGCUUCACAUGGACGUGUGGGGCCCGGCAGCCGUCCGUGGACAGGGUCACGAGCGCUACUUCCUGUUGGUGGUUGACGACUACUCGCGUUACACCUCAGUCUUCCCCUUGCGCAGCAAGGGUGCUGUCACUGAGGUGCUGAUCGACUGGAUCCGCGAGGCUCGUCUCCAGCUCAGGAGGAGCUUCGGCUCGGACUUUCCUGUUCUGCGUCUGCACUCUGACCGAGGUGGGGAGUUCUCCUCUCGCCUUCUGCGAGACUACUGUCGUGCACAGGGGAUCCGCCAGACCUUUACGCUUCCGGACUCUCCACAGCAAAAUGGGAUUGCUGAGCGCCGCAUUGGCAUGGUCAUGGAUGUCGCUCGUACGUCCAUGAUGCAUGCGGCUGCCCCCCAUUUUCUGUGGCCGUUUGCGGUUCGGUACGCGGCGCAUCAGCUCAACCUUCACCCCAGGGUCUCUCGGCCCGCGAUGUCCCCAGUGUUACUGUGGACGGGGAAGGUCGGCGAUGCGUCUGCGUUCCGUGUCUGGGGAUCUCGGGCGUUUGUCCGCGACUUGUCUGCGGACAAGCUGUCCCCCCGUGCUGCUCCCUGUGUCUUCCUUGGCUUCCCCCCUGACGCUCCAGGGUGGCAGUUCUACCACCCCUCCUCUCGUCGUGUUCUGUCCUCCCAGGACGUCACGUUCGAUGAGUCAGUCCCCUUCUACCGCCUCUUCCCCUACCGUACUCCUUCCCUCCCCCCCCCACCGGACUUCCUGGUACCAGUUCCCCCCCCGGUAGACCCCCUCCCCCCUCAGGUUCCUGCCCCUUCAGGUGUGUCCCAGGUAGACACGGUCGAGCCAGUCGAGGUUGCUGCUGAGUCUGGUCCUGCUGCGGGUGCUGAACCUGGGGGUGCUGCUGCUGGGGGUGCUGAGCCUGGGGGUGCUGAACCUGGGGGUGCGAGGCCGGGGGGUGCUGAGUCUGGGGGUGCUGAGCCGGGGGGUGCUGAGCCGGAGGGUGCUACGUCAGGAGCUGCUGAGCCUGGGGGUGCUGGGCCUGGAGGUGCGGAGCCUGCGCCUGCUGGACCUGGGGGCUCUCCGGUUCUUCCGUCUCGGCGGGAGCCGCUCUCUCCACAGGAGCUGCGCGAGUGGUUUGCUCGCCGCUGGAGGCGUGCUGCUGGAGCUGGAGCUUCUUCGCCUGCUGAGGGUGCUGCCGGUCCCGGAGCUGCUGGGCCUGCGAGUCCUACUGGAGCUGGAGCUACUGAGUCUGGGGGUGCUGAGUCUGGAGCUGCUGAGCCUGGAGGUGCUGAGUCUGGAGCUGCUGAGCCUGGGGUUUCUCCUGCUGCUGCGUCUCACCGGGAGCCCCUCUCUCCACAGGAGCUGCGCGAGUGGUUUGCUCGCCGCUGGAGGAGUGCUACUGGAGCUGGAGCUUCGUCGACCGUCGAGGGUGCUGGUGCUGCCGGUCCCGGAGCUGCUGGGCCUGCGGGUCCUACUGGAGCUGGAGCUGCUGAGGGUGUUGGUGCUGAGACUACUGCUGUCUGUCCUGGCGGUGGUUCUGCUGCUGGUGCUGCUGGAGGUCCUGCCGCUGGAGGUGUUGGUGGCGCUGGUGCUGUCGCUGAGGGUGCUGGUGCUGUCCCUGCUGAGUCUGGAGCUGCCGCGCGGCCUCGGCCGUACUUCGUUCCGCUCCUACAGCAGGUUCUUGGUCUUUCUCCUUCGGUAGAGUGUCCACAGCCUGUCCAGUCGCAGUCACUGUUGGAGCCUUCCUCUCCUCUGCCUGCUCCCUCUCCUUACACUGGUCCUACUGGAGGUCUUGCUGAGCGCCGUGAGCCUGCGUCUCGUCCCGCGUCGCCGGUUCGUGCUGCUCGCGCUAGUGGUCGCGGUUCGCGUCAGCGUCCUCCUCCUGUCCCUGGCACGCACCGGAUGUCUCUGCGUCCGUCCACUGCUCCUCUGCGUGCCCCUUUGCCUUCUCCUCCUGAGUCCUCUCUUCCUCCGCUUGCCGACCCUGAGUCGGACUCUCUUCGCGCUGCCAGUCCUACUGUCACGCGUCUGCUUGCUACUGUCGUCACUGACCCCUCUUUUGAGUCCACUGCUGCGUCUGCUCUAGUCGCUGAGCUCGUUGACUUUGCUGCUCGCUGUCGUCUCGACUACGCUGCUAGUCUUGUUGCUGAGUCUGCGUCUGUCUGUCCUCCGUCCGUCGGGGGUGAGUGUGCUCUUGGCACGGACGUCCUAGAGGACAGGCAGGAGGAGUUACAGUGUCUAGCGGCUGCUUCACCUCAUCUCGCGUCUGUACUGCUUGCCCCUGAGGGAGACCCGGAUGCACUAGACAUCCCGACUCCGCGUUCUUACGCGGAGGCCGUAGAGGGUCCCUACUCCUCUCAGUGGCAGGCAGCUAUGGAUGCAGAGAUGGCUUCCUGGAAGUCCACAGGCACCUACGUUGACGCGGUUCCCCCUCCUGGGGCGAACAUCGUCAGUGGCAUGUGGAUCUUCAGGGUGAAGCGGCCGCCGGGCUCUCCACCUGUCUUCAAGGCACGGUACGUUGCUCGUGGCUUCAGUCAGCGGCAGGGAGUUGACUACUUUCAGACCUUUUCUCCCACCCCGAAGAUGACCACUCUUCGGGUGCUGCUGCACAUAGCCGCUCAGCGCGACUACGAGCUUCACUCUCUCGACUUCAGCACUGCGUUCCUGCAGGGUAGCCUGCACGAGGAGAUGUGGCUGCGCCGUCCACCUGGCUUCACUGGGACUUUCCCUCCUGGCACCCAGUGGAGCCUCCGACGGCCAGUCUACGGUCUCCGCCAGGCACCGCGUGAGUGGCACGACACACUGAGGACUACGCUUGCGGCUCUUGGGUUUGCUCCUUCUACUGCUGACCCGUCGCUGUUUCUGCGCACCGACACUUCACUGCCGCCGUUCUACAUCCUCGUGUACGUCGACGACUUGGUCUUUGCCACAGCGGACACUGCUGGACUCGCCUACGUGAAGUCCGAACUGCUGAAGAGACACACGUGCACAGACCUGGAUGAACUGCGCAGCUACCUUGGCUUGCAGAUCACUCGGGACAGAGCACGCCGCACCAUUACCUUGACUCAGUCACACAUGGUGCAGCAGGUCCUUCAGCGCUUUGGCUUCACGUACUCCUCGCCUCAGGCCACUCCUCUGCCUACUCGCCACUCACUCUCAGCUCUGCCUUCGGAUGAGUCCGUAGAGUCGAGUGGUCCGUAUGCAGAGCUUGUUGGCUGCCUCAUGUACCUGAUGACCUGCACACGACCUGACCUUGCAUACCCUCUGAGCAUUCUUGCACGCUAUGUUGCUCCUGGGAGACACAGACCAGAGCACAUGGCUGCAGCGAAGAGGGUAUUGCGCUACCUGUGCAGUACGUCGGGCAUGGGGCUAGUGCUUGGAGGGCGGAGUCCAGUGGUCCUUACCGGCCACGCGGACGCUUCUUGGGCUGACGAUCAGGCUACGCAGCGGUCGUCACAGGGUUACACCUUCAGCCUUGGUUCCGGCUCUGUCUCGUGGCGGUCUACUCGCUCGUCUUCGGUUCUCGGCUCCAGUUGUGAGGCUGAGAUCUACGCCGGGGCCAUGGCUGCACAGGAGCUUCGCUGGCUCACCUACCUGCUCACUGACCUUGGAGAGCCACCUCGUUCUCCUCCAGUGCUGUACGUAGACAACAAGGCCAUGCUGGCCUUGUGUCGAGAGCAGCGCUUGGAGCACAGAACGAAGCACAUUGCUCUCCGCUACUUCCUUGCUCGUGAGCUGCAGCAGCGUGGUCAGUUGCGACUUGCGUACGUGGCCUCUGAGGCCAACACUGCUGAUGUGUUCACCAAGGCACUCGCGCCUUGUGACCAUCAGCGCUUUUGCACCCAGCUGGGUCUUGUGCCUGUCUUGCCUCACUUGCUCUCCUCUUGA